AUGAAAUUUGGUAAAGACCUGGAAUCGCGACAAUUGACGUUGCCCGAGUAUAAUGGCCACUUCAUCGACUACAAGGGCUUGAAAAAGCUUAUCAAGCAUCUCUCGGGCCCACCACUACCGCCCACGGUGGAGGCGCCCGAAAUAGACCAAACACACGUAUAUCAAGUGCUGCAAGAACACAGGGCAUCGUUUUUUUUCAAAGUGGAACGGGAACUGGAAAAAGUCAACGAAUAUUACUUGGAAAAAGAGGCCGAUAUGCGUGUCAAAUUCGAUAUUUUGAGAUCCCGGUACCAAGAUUGCGUCAAGCGUGGCAAAUUGUCGUCAAAAUCCACGCUUGCCUACAAACAGCUGCGCGAGGGAGCCAAAAAAUUCGAAAGAGACUUGUCCCAUUUAGAACAGUUUGUAGAGCUCAAUCGCACUGGGUUUUCCAAAGUACUGAAGAAAUGGGACAAACGUUCGCAUUCGCAAACCAAAGAUUUCUACCUGGCCACUGUAGUGUCGGUGCAGCCCGUUUUCACACGCAACGAAGCUUCCAGGCUGAACGAUGAGGUCUCCACCAUUUUGCUGGAACUGAACACCAUUAGCGCGCAGGAAGAUCCAUAUGCCUAUUCGACAUCCUUCCCGUCCCAUGCUUCGUACCCAAAAUUGACAGAUCUUUCCAAUCCCAAUACCUCUCAUCGAAUUGCCUCUACCACUUUGCUUCCAGCACCAGGCAUUGACUCCAUCCAGCCGGAUUUUAGAACAGGAAAUAUGGACAUUAGCAUGGAGAUCGAAACCUGGUAUAUGGAAGCCCAAAAUAUCGCCAAAUUGAAAGAUGAAGAACCGCGAACACGGCUCUUGCGUCAAUUUGCAGCCGAGAAAAUACCUAAUUUUGUUGAAAAGACUGUACCGAAAAGCCGAAUUGACAAAGAUGUCAUAAUGAGAGAUGCGUUAACAAAAGUAUUUCUACUGCUAGUCAGUAGUUCUAUCGAUGAUGCUUCUCUUAGCGUGUUCCUAAAAGCCGCUGCGCCGAACAUCGAUUUCUCUUAUGCAGAGGAAGACGAGGCCGUCUUUUCAAAACGUAACAUUUUUCAUGAAGCAGCGAGCUGCGAAGGGCAUGCUAGAAAUUUCGUACUUCAGGAAGCUAUAGAGCAGUGUCGCGACUUCACUUUACCCCAGGAGGUUCUGCGGAAACUAUUAAACGCUCAAGAUGCAAACGGACGUAUUCCAUUACAUUAUGCUUGCGAUUUAGGGAAAAAGGAGUUUGUUGAAUUGUUGAUGAGAUCUCUGCUGCUGGAUACGGUGGAUGUGGUGGACAAUGACUCCAAGACUCCUUUAGUUCUUGCGGUGAGUAAUAAUUGCAUCGAGAUUACAGAACUACUGUUGAACUCUCAGAUUAACACUUCAUCAGAAGCGGCUGAAUCUAAAAAGCCUCAUUUCAACCCACUAAACGUGGCCUGCGCUCAUCUUAAUUACGAAGCCGCAAAGUCAAUACUUAACUUGAGCAAUAUUGAUCCUACAGCCGUCCGGGAUACACAGGGCAGAUGCCCUUUGCACAUAACAGCUAAGAAUGGUGGAGAUGCCAAAUUGAUAGAGCUGCUUGUAUCUCACGGUGCAGAUCCAAACGGUGUUGAUGGGUUUAAUGGAUGGACGCCCGUAUUUUACGCCAUUCAGGAAGGUCAUCGCGAAACUGUAGCCGGAUUGCUCAAAUGUGGCGCUCGCAUGGACAUCAAGGACGAUGAUAACCUUUCACCUUUUUUUUUCGCCCUUUGGGAAGGACACUUGGGCGUCAUAAACCUUUUAAAAGAUCAUCUAAGUGCUGUUAGGCCUAAUCCAGAUUUGAUCGUCAGCCCUCUGAAAUCGGCACUCGAUCCGGUUGAUUUGUUGAGCCCAGAAGAUUCUUUAAACGGAAUCCCUGAUUUUGCCCUACCGCCUCCUAUCAUACCAUUGCGUAAGUAUGGUCACAAUUUCCUGGAGAGGAAGAUAUUUGUUGAAAUAGGUUUUUCUCCCGGCACUUCUUCAAUUGUGCUUAACAAGGAAGACGAGAUGGUCUUGUCAUCACCUGGUCGUGUUACGCUCACGUCGAACAUAUCUGACAUUAUUCCAAGGAAUAUUCUUUUGCCUAUUGAAGAUGGUGAAGAGAGUUUCGUUGUUUUCCAAGUUGAUUCCUUGGAGAAAUUUUCCAUUGAUUUUGAAAUCUUCCCGUCGUUUGGUACUCGCAUGAUUGCAAAGACCACUGCUCUUUCAUCACAAUUCCAGACGUUUCAAGCGAGUCCCUCAAACAAGGGUGACUUUGUUCUCCCAUUAUUUGACAGUCGCUUGAAAAACGUAGGUCAACUGAAGUUCAAUUAUAGAUUGGUGUUCCCAUACAAUGGAACACCGCUGGAUGUCACGAAAUAUGAAACUUAUUGGAAGUCGACAAUGAGUAAUGAGACGGGAAAAAGUGGAAAUCAGCUAAUCACAUCAUCUUCUUUAUCAGGUCGCUACAUCAACUUUUUUGUCACAGCUUUGAAUGAUGGUACCAUAGUAGUGGCACCAAACAAAACCAUCACGGUGGGUCCUAUGAGUUUAAAGUUACUGGACUUGAAUGCUGCUCAAUUGGAAUGCCUUGUUGGGUACUCUUUGAAUGGAUUUUCUAGAGAUUCUGAGGCUUUCAGCUUUCAGGAGCUGCUUGCUGAACGCUUCGUCACUUUAGAUGCACUGCUGAGCAAAAUACCCUUGAAUUCGCACUUGGACAUAGAAGUUUGUUUUCCCACAGAGUGCGAAUUCAAGAGCAUACCUCUAAAGCUUUCGCCUCAUAUCAACAUCAACACAUUCAUCGACGGAAUUUUGACGUCAUUGUUUGCUCACGUCAGGGACAACUCUUUUGGUGGACAAUUGUCGUCGAUUGUUUUCACCUCCUGCAAUGCUGAUGUUUGCUCAAUAUUGAACUGGAAACAACCCAACUUUCCGGUCUUAUUCUACAUGAAUGGAUUAAGAAACGAAAACAACAAUCUUGUCAAAGACACCCCUCACCAUUUGUCGAAACUGGCGUUGAACCCUGAUGCUGUGGAUUUUGCAGAUCUGUGCUCUCGUAGUGUUCGCGAAAGCGUACAGUUCGCUACUUACAACAACCUUUUGGGAAUUAUUAUUCCGUUACAUCUACUAGGGGCCAGCCAACAAUUGAUUACUGAAAUUAGAGCACGCGGGCUGUUGCUAAUUGGCUCUACACUGGAAGGGGAUACGGAUAAAAGUGCCGUUGAUUUUUGGGUCGACGACAUCAACGGGUUGAGGGUUCGGGAUUACCUAGAUUUCAGAGGAAGCAUUGAGAUGUAG